UGUUUCGACUCUAUCUAAAAGGGGUUAAAAAAAGAGAUCAGUUCUGAAUGCAAUUUUGUUGACACAAUAUGUUAUUUAGUUUCAUAAAUUGGCUUUUUUGUUUAAAUAUGUUUAUUUAUGCUCAAUAAUGCCUGGAACUAACACCAAUUUGUCUGUUGCGAUAGGUUUUUGUGAAGGAAAUGGCGGAAGACCGGGAGGAAAAUAAUGAUUCUAGUAGCCACUCCCAUGAGAAUUAUCAUGAAGAAUUACACAUUGAGCCUAUUUAUGAGGCCUUUCUCUGCCCACUUAUAAAACAAAUUAUGAGGGAUCCUGUUACCUUAGAGAAUGGACAGACGUUUGAGAGAGAGGCUAUUGAGAAGUGGUUCAAGGAAUGCAGGGAUAGUGGAAGGAAGCCCGUUUGCCCAUUGACACUGAAAGAGCUGAAUAGCACUGACUUGAACCCUAGUAUUGCUCUGAGGAAUACCAUUGAAGAAUGGACCCAAAGAAAUGAAGCUGCUCAACUCGACAAAGCUUGUAGAUCUCUCGCAUCAGGAAGCUCAGAAAGUGAUGUUUUACAAGCUCUGAACUUUGUCACAUAUAUUUGCCAGAAAAGCAGGUCGAGUAAGCGUGUUGUAAGAAAUGCAGAGUUAAUACCUAUGAUUUGUGGCAUGCUGAAGAGCAGCAGCAGGAGGGUGCGGUGGAAAGCAUUAGAAACUCUUCGUAUUGUAGUUGAAGAGGAUAGUGACAAUAAGGAAGCUGUGGCUGCAGGGGACACCAUUCGCACAAUUGUGAAGUUCUUGUCACAUGAACAUUCCCAGGAAAGAGAGGAAGCUGUAUCUCUUUUAUACGAGCUUUCAAAAUCUGAACCUCUAUGUGAAAAGAUUGGUGGGGUCAAUGGAGCAAUUCUUAUACUAGUGGGGAUGGCAAGUAGUAAAUCAGAAAACCUUUCAACUGUCGAGAAAGCUGAAAAAACACUAGAGAAUCUGGAAAAGUGUGAAAACAAUGUGAGGCAAAUGGCUGAAAAUGGUAGACUUCAGCCACUUCUUACCCUACUUCUUGAAGGUUCACCUGAGACGCAGCUGUCUAUGGCUGCAUACCUUGGGGAGCUUGUUCUGAGCAAUGAUGUGAAAGUAUUUGUGGCCCAAACUGCGGGUUCCGCGCUAGUUCAUGUCAUGAGGAGUGGGAGCAAGCAAGCAAGAGAAGCUGCUCUCAAAGCAUUGAACCAGAUCUCAUCCUAUGAGACAAGUGCCAAGAUACUAAUCCAAGCAGGCAUUCUCCCCCCACUGGUGAAUGACCUUUUCACUGUUGGUGUCAAUCAGCUCCCCAUGAGGCUGAAGGAAGUGUCUGCAACAGUUCUUGCUAAUGUUGUGUCUUCGGGUGCUGAUUUUGAGUCUAUCCCACUUGGUCAUGAUGACCAGACCUUGGUCUCUGAAGACAUUGUACAUAAUCUACUCCAUCUCAUCAGCAACACAGGUCCUGCAAUUGAGUCUAAGCUUCUUCAGGUCCUUGUUGGACUUACCAGUUCUUCUACAACUGUCCUAAACAUAGUUGCUGCCAUCAAGAGCUCUGGUGCUACCAUUAGUUUGAUUCAAUUUGUGGAAGCUCCACAGAGAGAUCUCCGCAUGGCUUCUAUUAAACUCUUACACAACAUUUCACCUUAUAUGGGUCAAGAGCUGGCAGAUGCCCUUCAUGGCACUGCUGGCCAGCUCAGCAGCUUGAUUAAGGUCAUCGCAGAGAAUAAUGGGAUCUCUGAGGAGCAAGCAGCUGCUAUUGGUCUUCUAGGUGAUCUUCCUGAGAGGGACUCAGGCCUCACUAGGCGUCUUCUGGAUGAGGGGGCCUUCGACAUAAUAAUUUCUAAAAUUAUCAGGAUCCGGCAAGGAGAGACUCGUGGAAUUCGUUUUGUUACUCCCUUUCUUGAAGGGCUUGCAAGAGUUCUCUCAAGACUGACAUAUGUUCUGGAGGAUGAACCUGAUAUUGUAGCCCUUGCUCGUGAACAUAAUCUUGCUGCACUUUUCACCGAUCUUCUUCAGAUGAAUGGGCUUGAUGGGGUACAAACAGUCUCUGCUAUGGCACUGGAGAAUCUCUCGCAGCAGUCAAAACAUCUAACAAGAAUUCCGGUUGUCCCAGAGCAAGGUUUUUGUUGUACUAUAUUCCCAUGUCUCGGUAAGCAGCCUGUUGUAACUGGCUUGUGUCGAGUCCACCAUGGAAUCUGUUCUAUGAAGGAGAGCUUUUGUCUGUUAGAAGGGAAGGCAGUGGAGAAGUUGGUUGCCUGUUUGGACCACACAAAUGAGAAGGUAGUGGAGGCUGCCUUGGCAGCGCUGUCCACUCUGUUGGAAGAUGGAGUGGAUAUUGAGCAAGGUGUGAUGGUUUUAUGCGAUGCAGAUGGGAUUAAACCAAUACUUGAGAUUUUGCGGGAGAACCGAACGGAAAUACUCAGGAAACGAGCUGUUUGGGCUGUUGAGAGGAUUUUGAGGACGGAAGACAUAGCCUAUGAGAUUUCAGGAGAUCAAAAUGUGGGGACGGCAUUGGUUGAAGCUUUCAGGCAUGGGGACUACCGGACGAGGCAGAUUGCUGAACGUGCUCUGAAGCAUGUAGAUAAGUUGCCAAACUUUUCAGGAAUAUUUCCUAAUAAGAUGGGAGGUUGACGAGUAGACCAAGAUGAAAGUCUUGUUUGUAUGUGCAUUGAUUGUUGAUGGUGUUAUUCUCUAGCGGAAAGAAUAUCUGGAUAGCAUUGGUCAAAGCUUUCACAAAUGGUGCGUACCAGAUGAGGCAGAUUAGUGAGCCAUGUUUGAUUUGACAGAUUGCCAACCUCAAGGGUGCUGGGUGAAAGAGUGUGGAAGCAUUAUUUGUAUCAAGUGCGUGUAUAUUUAUUUUUGUCCCCUUUUUGUCUGCUUUGUUUUUCAGGGACAAGUGAUUGUUUAUAUGUUCAUGAAAUUCUGGUUGAAAUUUUGCUUGGUGGGGAUUUUUCUCAUUCUUGUGAAAUAUGAAGGCUGUUGAUUGGCACUGAUACCCAUCUGUAACUGAAUACAAUCAAUGCAAUCCGAGUUUAUAUGUGGACUUUAACGUUAA